AUGGGGAGGAGGCAGGCGGCGGCUUCUUCAUGGCCUCUUCUCGUGCUCCUCUGCUGCAUCGCCGCCGGCCGGGUUUUGGUCGCCGGCGGGUCCUUCUCCUUCGAGGACACCUUCGAGCUCUCCUGCGCCGACGAUCACUUCAAGACCUCUCCUGACGUCCAGACUUGGCACCUCUACCUCGACAAGGACGCAGGUAAGACCCCUCUCUUCCUCUUCUUCUUCCUCUUUGCCCUCGUCCCUGUCCUUCUCCGGCGACGGCGAGAUGGUGGUCGACCUGACUAGCCCGCCUAUUCCCUCCGCCGUCGUCGCAGGAUGCGGGUUCCAGACGAAGCACAGGUACCGCUUCGGGUGGUUCGGCAUGAAGAUGAAGCUCGUCGGUGGCGACUCCGCCGGAGUGGUGACCGCUUUCUAUGUGAGAACGCCCAUCUCUCUCUCUCUCUCUCUCUCUGUGUUCCUCCCCAUUCUUCCUGACAUUAUCUUCUUCCUCCUCCGGCGGGGGUGGUGGCGGCGGCGGCAGAUGUGCUCGGACAAGGGGGCGGCGCCGGACAGGGACGAGGUGGACAUUGAGUUCCUAGGUAACCGCAGCGGACAGCCGUACAUCAUCCAGACCAACGUCUACAAGGGCGGCGUCGGCAACCGCGAGAUGCGCCACAGCCUCUGGUUCGACCCCACCGCCGACUUCCACACCUAUUCCUUCCUCUGGAACACCCACCACCUCGUGUAAGCUCCCCUUCCUCCCUCUCUCUCUCUCUCUCUCUCUAGCAUUCAUCGUCAUCUUCUUCCAGGUUCUUCGUGGACAAGGUGGCGAUCAGGGUGUUCAAGAACGGGGAGGGAGGGGAGACCUACUUCCCCAGCGACAAGCCCAUGUACCUCUUCUCCAGCAUCUGGAACGCCGACGACUGGGCCACCAGGGGAGGCCUCGAGAAGACCGACUGGACCCAGUCCCCCUUCAUCUCUUCCUACAAGGACUUCGCCGCCGACGCCUGCCAAUGGGAGGACCCCUUCCCUUCCUGCGUCGCCACUACCACCGAGCACUGGUGGGACCAAUACCCCGCCUGGUCCCUCUCCGCCGCCCAGGCCCAAGACGCCGCCUGGGUCCGCCGCAACCUCGUCGUCUACGACUACUGCACCGACCUCCAGCGCUUCCCCUCCAUGCCGCCCGAGUGCUCCCUCAGAGAUGAACAAUAG